AUGGAUGCAGACAGGCGGGUCCUAAGCCGGCCCUCCGCGAAUUGUGGUGCUGUCAUAGAGUCGGUGGAAAACAAAGAAAACCUUCUGGCUCCGGACACUUUUGAGCAGGUCAACUUCAACCUGCCCAGUCGGUUCACGGCCGAAGAGGUGAGCGCCACUCAGUUGCCCAAGAUCUACGGCCUUCCGGCCAAAGCGAGCAUUCUGCAUCUGGUGCUCUCGGUGCCCGGCCUUCGGGUGCUGGAGCACGAGGAGCAGUUGAAACGCUGGGCGUCGCCGUCGUCGGCUCGAUGGUCACGACUCCUCUCACUCUGCCUCUUCGGCGGUGAGGACGGUGAUGGUGGCGCCAGCACCAACGCCAACGCCAGUGCAAAAAUCAACACCAACAGUCGUCGUCCAGCUUCGACUCUGCCCUCGAUGACGCGUUUUCCCGACGCCCUCCUCGAGCCGGGCCUGCCUCGCGGCGUCUCGGAAGCUUGGAGCCCAAGAGCGGACAAGGGCCGACUGACGAAACAGGACUUCAAGCAUCGUUUCCAUCUGGUACCGACCAAAUCGACGCCUGGAGGCGGCGCUGGCGGUGAGAAAAAUCCGCCAUCGCUCACGUCGGGCAAGGCUUCUGCCUCCGGCAGACCGUUCGGGGCAGAAGCCAACUGGCGCCAAACGCCACUGCGGGAGCCGGCCGGUACGCAAGACUGGGUCCUGGCGCCACUGCUGCAACAGCCUGCCAACGGCAGUCUCUGGUUGCGCGUCUCAUCACGACGCAUUCGCCUGAUGGUGUUGGUGUACACACCGUCGCAUAGGGACCAAGACCAUUCGACAGAGCUGGCUCGUUCCGCAUCGAUGACGUCUAAUCUUUCCGCCCGUACCACGACCACCACCACCAUGACCAACUACUCGACGACCCAAACAACGACGGCAACCACGGCUACGACCAUAGCCUCUCUGUUGACCGAUUCGUCCAGGCCCUCUUCACCGGAGGCCGGAUCUACGGACGCCUAUGCGAUGACAGGAACUCGCCCCUUCUCACCACCUGGUUCCACGGCUCUGCCGAACCUCUGGCUUCCCAGCGCCUAUUGCUCGACCUAUUAUUAUUGGGACUCGGGCCGACUCUCACAUGCAAUCGCUCUGCAAGACAGUCGAAUUUACCUUAAGUCUGACGAGAUCCAUUUCCUAUUGGCUAGUACCGAGCGGCGAUACCAGCACCGGCACCAGCACCAACCCAGUCAAGGCAACAGCCAGAAUCAGCGUCACCCACAUCCACCACAUCCACCAGGAGACAGGACUAUAUCCGGCUUGUGGACCGCAAAAGAUCUGGACUCUUUAAAAGCCACAGUCCAAUGUCCCGAGCUGACGAAUGAUCAGCUGACCAUGCGCAAUCACAUGCAAGAAAUCAAGCAGGAUCCUGCAGCAGAUCAGACUGUCAAAUCACAGGUUGCUGCGGACGAAACGGCACUGGAUACUUUGUUUAUGUCCGAGGCAAAAACAGAAGGUGAGGCUGACGCUUGCUUAUGGGAGGAGGAGGAUGAGGAUGAGGAGGAUGAGGACGAGGAGGAGGAGGAAGAGGAAGAGGAAGAGGAGGAAGAGGAGGAAAAGAAGGAAGAAGAGCAGGCACAUGAACAGGAAGAAGAGGAGGAGGAGGAGCAAGUGAAGAACGAGGAGGGGAGGGAGGCAGAUGGGGUGGAAGAGGAGACGGAGGAAGGGAAGUGUGAAGGACAAAAUACUGGCCUAGUAGCAGUAAAGAUUGCAGAACAAUGGGAACAGAUCGCAGAAGAUUGUGAGGUCAAGUUGAACCCGGCAAAUUUG